UUAGUUUGCUGGGGGCAGUGGAGCUCUUCCGUUACCAAGGAGUUCAUCGCCGUGUCAUACACAUUCUCCAGAUAUAUUACACGUCUAUACCACCAAUUUAGAAUUGACUUAUCAGCGAAGGUUUGAGAAGGUUCAUCAUUUGCAUGGCAAUUUCUUGAAAUUUCAUUUUUGAUCUGUGGCGUGUUUGUUGUCCGGGAAGUGAAAAGACUACUUUCUUUGGAUUUUCGUUUCAUUUCUUAUUUGCUUUUCCCAUUCCUCAAAUGCCCACAUCAAAUUGUGCAUUCAGUUAGAGAUUUAGUCCAAGUUCGAGGAGGAGGAGGAGGAGGAGGAGGAAAAAAAGGGAGUUAUGGACAGAUACCAGAGGGUGGAAAAGCCCAAGCCUGAGACUGCAAUCAAUCAAAAUGAAAUCCGUGUUACAACUCAGGGGCUUAUCAGGAAUUACAUCAGUUACGCAUCCAGUCUUUUGCAGGACAAGACAACACCAGAAAUUGUUUUGAAGGCAAUGGGCCAAGCUAUUAGCAAGGUUGUAGCUAUUGCAGAAAUAAUUAAACGGAGGGUGCCUGGUUUGCAUCAGAUUACCUCAAUCAGUUCAACUAGCAUAACAGAUGUCUGGGAACCUAUUGAAGAGGGUUUGCUGCCCUUGGAGACAACAAGGCAUGUUUCAAUGAUCACAAUUACUCUCUCAACCAAGGAGCUUGAUGCUACUGCCACAGGAUACCAGGCUCCAUUGCCUUCUGAUCAAACCAAACUAAAUUCAAGCGUCAACAUUGGAGGAAAUAGAGGCAGAGGUAGAGGUCAAGGAAGAGGAAGAGGAAGGGGUCGGGGAAGAUCAGAAAAUAGUGGUUACUAUGAUAAUGAACGCAACUAUGGAGGUUACUACAAUGGAGGGGGAUGGUAUGUGGGUUGGGGUCGUGGUAGAGGACGUGGAGUAUUUCGUGGGCGUGGAAGGGGCAGGGGCAGGGGAAGAAGAGGAAGGGGCAGAGGAGCUGCAGCGGUUGAGGUGGAAGCCUGAACUGCUAGUCCUGCACCUAAAUUUUGCACACAACUCAAAGAUCUGUUGAGUUUGUGCAAAUUUCAUGGAAGAGCAGAAUGCUAACAACUUUGUGAUCAGAAUAGUAGUUUGGUUACUUCAUCAGUUUUCAUCUCUGUGUCGACGUUGUAAGUUGUGAGGUGUUGAAUGGUUUGGUCACAUAGUAUUUGAUUGCAUGGAAGGUUCCAGGAUCACAUGUUCAUGGGAAAUUUUGUCAAAUGUAGUAGGAUUUAAGUUUACUGAAUUCAAAACACGAUUCAUUAUUAUUUUUCAUGUAUAUAUGUUUCAUAAAAGAAACAAUUUUUUGUGAGGUGUU